ACUAACCCCAGGUCGCUGAAGGGACACACACCAGGGGAGCUACGUGUAACUAGCAGUGGGGACGGGGCACAGGUUGUUGAGGGUGGCUGACGGGAGACACUACAGUUGCGCCUUGGGCCUUGGAGCGGACGUUUUCCCGCUCCACACGCCCAGCGGCCGCAGGAGGGUCGGCCCGAGGCCCAGCUCAGGGUAGCCGGAGGCGGGACGAGAGCGCGGCGGUGCGGUGACGCCACCGGCUCCCAGGGUCCCAGACUCGGCGGCCCCGCCCCCGAGCGCCGCGCCGCCGCCCGCGCGCCAACGAAAGGAGACAGGCCGCGCGCCCGGGGCAGCCCCACAGUCUUGCCGGCUGCAAGGCGCGCAGCCUGGCCGACGGUACCCGAACCGCCCGGGCGCGCGCGGGAGACCUCGGCAUCACCUCGCGUCACCCCGCACCGCCUGCUUCCCAGAGUCCCGCGCCCCGCCCCGCGCGCAGGCGCACGGCGGCCUCUCGGGUCCGCCCUUUUUCGAGAUUUGAAUUUCCCCCAGCAAAGAGAGGCAAAAUACCCGGAUGGCGGUCGCUGGCCUUUUCGCGCCAAUAUUGUAAGUUCUCGCAACAACCUUGAGAGGGCCUAAACUAUAGGAUGGGAGAUGAACGUCGUGCCUUAAAAAAAACGGUGCCGGGUGGUCUACAUAUAUAAGAAGUCAUUUGAUGCAUACAACUCUGCAGGAAGGUCCUGGUGGCAUCCCCAUUCUACAGAAAAAGGCAGAACGCCCCUUCAUUACCACCAGCCGGUUGACAGGAGCACUGCCUUCCUCUGGCCUGCCACCACCAUUCCCAGGCGGGGUCGCAGCCUCUGCAGUGGAAAUCCUGGGGACUUCGUCCUGCUGGCUCAGCUGGGGGGCUGAGGAGUGAUUUGCAAAAGCUGUUUUUCUGAAUUCCAAAAUAACAGUGGAGGCUGCCUCUCUUUUAAGCUCUUCUCCUUGACUCCCACCUAGGGUUGCAGAUGAAGCCUGAGUCAAGGCAGGCCCUCUUCCACGUGGCUAUGGCCAGCAGCCUCUGUGUGGCCACUGUCUACACAGGUGUUUUUGAAGGUGUCGUCAUCCAGGUGGGCUAUGAGCACUAUGCUGAAGCAGUGGUAGCCAGCCUCCCCACCUUUCUAGCCAUGCCCUUCAACUCGCUCAUUAACUUGGCCUACAUGCUCCUGGGAGGGUACUGGCUGCGGAGGAAGGCCAGUGCCCUGGGGCACCCUGCAGCUGUGCAGAGGGCUCAGUACCUGAAGGAUGUCUUCGCUGCCAUGGCUCUGGUCUACGGCCCCGUUCAGUGGCUGCGCAUUGGGGUGCAGACGCACUCUGCUGCCGUGCUGGACCAGUGGCUCACCUUGCCCAUCUUCGCGUGGCCAGUGGCCUGGUGCCUCUACCUAGACAGGGGCUGGAAGCCCUGGCUGUUCCUCACCGUGGAGUGCCUCUCCCUGUGCAGUUACAGCCUUGCCUUGCUGCACCCCUGUGGGUUUGAAGUUGUGCUGGGCAUGCACAUGGCAGCCACAGUGGGCGUGGCCCUCCGUGCCCACAGGCACUAUGGCAGUGGCUCCUCAGGAACAUACUUGGCCCUGGGCAUGCUUUCCUGCCUGGGCUUUGUGGUCCUCAAGCUGUGUGACCAUCAGCUUGCGAGAUGGCGUCUCUUUCAGUGGCUCACCGGCCACUUCUGGUCCAAAGUCUGUGAUGUGCUCCAGUUCCACUUUGCAUUCUUAUUUCUGACAAAUGUCCACACUCGCCAAAGACGCGCUCCUGAGGGGAAGAUGCAUUAAACUGAAAAGAAGCUACCUAGAAAGAGUGGCCCCCACCCCGCAACAUCAAAAUGGACUAUCAGAUGACAUUCUGUCAUCGGUGUUAAAUUUAAGAUUUAUGAUGAUAAGAUAUGAUGGUUACAUGGAAGAUUGUCCUCUGAAGUUAUGAGCUACAGAAUUUAGGGGUGAAAUGUUGUGCUCUGUGCAACUUGCUUUCAAAGAGAGUAAGCAAAUAUCUAGGUGCAAGGGAGGUGCUGGUGCCUUGUACUCUUAUAACCUUUUCUGUAGUUUUCAAUUUUUCAGAAUAAAACGUUGGGGGGAAACGACCCCAAGAAAUCCACCACUUCCAGUUGGAGAAAAAAUGGUUGUCUACGGUAGCUCUGGGAUUUCGGUGACAGCUGGGCAGGGUAGCUUCUGGCCAGUUGCCACGCCUGGCAGUGGGGUUACCAGUGAGGUCCCCAGAGGUGACUGGGUUCAGGGACACCUAGUCACGUUACACACAUGCCCAGCAGACUGAUGAGGAAAUUGGAAGGCCAGAACAAUAGCUCACUGUGACAUCUGUGACUGCCAGAACAUCAGGUCACAUGGAAGCCACGUCACCUCAGACCCUUUGUGAAACAAGGCAGGGUAGAUCUAGAUGAAGGAACACACACAAAUGUCAAAAGCUGAAUUCUCAACAGAAUGUCUCUGGGUGAUCCACUCUCAGAGCUGGGUGGGGCUUAGAUAUCCUUAGCUACUAAGGUUACUGAACUGUCAUGGGUCUGUCACCAUUGGGGAGACCCAGAACAUGGUCUGAGCAAGACCUACAUCCUUGUCACCCAGGUCCUUAGGAACCAUGAUCUCCUGAUGGCAUCUCAGGGUGGGGCUCUGGAAUUGGCAUGUACAAACCCCCUAGCAGAUGACAUGUGUGAACCAGUGAGCCUGGGGGUGACUCUGGGGCUGAAGAGAUGCUGAGGAUCCUACCUUUGGAUCACCCCUGCAAGCCCCUGAAGCCCAGCUACCCUUGGCAUUCUUUCUUCCCACUUACUAAUGUGUUCUUAGACACCUGUUUCAUCCCGUCACCUGAAAGGCGUCUGGUCUUUAAAGACAAAGAUGAAGGCAGAGGAGAGAGGAUGCCCUGUCGUUGCUGAAUGGCAUCUCAGGGUGACCCGCCCUCCCUGGGCCCCUCUCCACAGAGCCUCAUGGCAGCCAAGCCAUCACCUGAAGAACCUGGUAGAUGAGGGCCCAUGAGCAUUGCACCUCCCCCAGGGCGUGUGUGGGGGGGUCGAGAGCAGAGGUGGUGUUCAUUUGGGGAAACAGCUUUGUUCCAUUACAGUCAUCUCGGAGGCUUUGUACACCCUAGAAGAGGAGAAUGGCUAUGGGAGUCUCCAGAGAGGCUGCCCUUUCCCCAAAGAGGCCAGAGAGAAGGGAGGAAGGCGAGCUUCCUUCUUCAUUCCAUGCCUUUGAGCCACAAGCACUAAUAACUUCUCUUUUCUUUCUACCAAUCCCUACAUAAUAAAUAGCUCCGAGAACCUUCUGGUUUUCAUUCUGUGCCUGUGUCAGGCUGGAUGUCCACAGGAAACAGGUGGCUUUCAGGAUGGUCUCAUGGAGAACUGUGCACACUACUUUGCAGGGUGGGCACCGGGGACCUCUACCACCCCUCGCCCUGGGGAGACUCCACCCAAAGGAAAGACUCACGUGGAAGAGACCGCGUGGGUGGGCAGUGACCUCCAGGAGCCCAACCCCACUCUCUCCUGCCAGGCGCCCAUCCAAGGUUGUCAGGUGAAAUACAGGAUGACAAAAUGUUCUGGUCCCUGUGGUACCAUGAGACAUGCUUAUACUAAAAAAUUGUUGUUCAUUGUUUUUCUGAAAUUCAGAUUUAACUGGGUGUCCUGUCUUUAUUUACUAAAUUAGACAGCUCUACAUUGAGCUAACCCAAUCAAAGCCAGAGGCCUGGAACCUUCUCUCUCUGCUCCCUAGUUCUGACCAGUGUUGCUCCAAGUGUGGCCAGCCUGAGCCAUGCAGCUUCCUGAGUGCCCCCCCAACUCUGGCCCUGGGGAGUCCUGGCUUCUGGGGCUGAGACCUCCCCCCACCUCAGCCCUACCCCGGGGUUCAAGGGUGUCAGCAGUGUUUGAGAUGCUGAGAAAAGGAGGCUGGUGGCUGUGCCCACUCUGGGCACCCCGGGCUCUGCUCUGAGUACUGCAGCCCUUUUGGCCACAGGGC